AUGUCGACCUUAACACCACCACUUCCAGGGGCACCACCAGAUGCCUCUGCACCCCCGAUCAACCUAGCAGCCCAUUACCUAACCACCUACCGACGCAUCUUCUACUCGGCCCUCCUUCCCACCGAUGUUAAUGGCUCAUCACCACCACCAAAAGUCCAGCCCUUCCUCCUCCCCUUUUGUCUUGUGGGCUCUUUUCUCUUACCCAUCGCAUAUCUCUGCAUCCCCCAAUACACCGUCCCCGCCAUUCAAAACCAGCGAGUAAGAAUACGAAGGGAAUGGGUUCAUAAGCUGAGGUGGAUAGUCGGUGCCUUGAUUGUUUGGUGGAACUUGGGGGUGGUUGUUGGACUUCCUGGGUUUGGAGGGCUCGGACUCGGGUUGACGGAGGGAGAGGGUAUGGGAGAGGGAGUGGAAGGGGGAAAAGGAUGGGUUGAGAAAUGGUUUGCGCCGGGAAAAACCACGGCAAGCGCUUGUACGGCCAUAGCUUAUGCGGCUGGGUUGAUGUGUGGGUGGGGAACGAUUUGGGGGUUGGAGAUGGUGGUUUUUGGGGGGUAUCAGGGGUGGGCUAUGAGGGUUAGGCGGCGGCUACGGAGGAGCAGAGGCGGAGGAGAUGGGAAUGGUGAGAAGGGGGAUGAAAAGGAAGACGAUGGGGAGAAGCAGAAGGGGGUGGAAGGGAACCUGAAUGGUGGUGCAUCUAUGAACGGCAACGACGUGAAUACCAACGGCAACACAAUCAGAAAACGGAAGACGCAACAAAGUCAAAGUCCAGGAGAGAAACACGAAGAAAAGGGAAAGAAAUGGACAGUAGACGAAACGGUCGACCUCGAGAAGUACGAGUACUACUGGGAGCCGUACCCGGAUAACGGCACAUUUUGGGAGAGGUUGGAUUGGGUGAUGGAUAUAUUUAAUUCGUUCAGGGGUGCUGGCUGGAAUUACUCCAUCUCAUCCAUCCCCUCUCUCCAACCACCCGUCAUCACCCCCUUACCUACCUCCAUCCUCUCCUCCUCCUCCUCCUCCUCCUCCCCCUCCUCCCCCUCCUCCUCCCAGGGGCACAUCCUCCCUCACUUCCCCCACGGCCUCCCCGUCACCUUCACCCCCUCCUCCUCCCCUCCCCUUUCUACUCGGCAACACUUCCACCGCCCCCUCACCACCCGCUCCUUCCUCCUCUCCCGCCUCAUCCACAUCACCUGGUCCUACCUCGCCCUAGAUUUCUUCACCGUCUCCGCGCGCUUAGAUCCCUACUUCCUUCUCGGCCCCAACGGUCCUCUCCGUCACCCAGACCACUUGUCCUCUCUCGCUUCAUCCUCCCCCUCUGUCUUACCGCCGCUUUCUCUCGCUUGCGCGCGCUUCUUGGCUUCUCUGCCGCUGUGGGGGCUGGACUUUGCGAGGAGCUUGUUUUCGUUGAGUGGAGUGUUGGGCGGGUUGUUUUUGUAUAGCUGUGUCUGGCAGCUGACGCAGUUUUUUGUGUUGGGAGGGUUGUUGGGGAAUGAAAGUCAGGGGAUGGAUGAGUUGUGGCGGUAUCCGUCUUUGUUUGGGGGGUUUGUGAGGAAUGUGUUGGAUAGAGGGUUGGCGGGGUUUUGGGGCGGGUGGUGGCAUCAGAGUUUUCGGGUGGGUUUUACGGGGCCGAUAAGGUUUUUGGUGAAGAUCGGGGUUUUUGGGAAGCUUGACCUUGAAGAAGAUGAGAACGGUGGCAAGGUAGGAGAGGGGACAGGCGCGGUGAAGGGUGGGAAGAACCCCAAUGAAAAGCAAAAGAGGACAGGGAAAAAGAGGGCCGUGGCGAUGCUAGAAAUGGCCACAGCCUUUCUUCUUUCUGGCGUCCUCCACGCCCUCGGCGGCUGGACAUCCACCGCCUUUCGCAUCAGUCCCGAGGGCGAGGACAGGCUGACUUGCGAAACCCGCAACCGACUAGCCGUCUUCGCCGAACCAGUUGGGUUCUUCGUUUCGCAGUUUGCGGGGUGUCUAGUCCAAGCUUUUCUCAUCGUCCUUCUCAAAAGAGUCACCAAUGGAAGGGUUCUGCCGAGGUGGUUAAAACGAACAGGAAACGGCCUUUUCGUGUUAAUGUGGCUGCACUGGACGAGGUGGAUGUUGAUUGACGAUAUGAGCCGGUCGGGGCUUUUUCUGUUUGAACCGGUGCCCGUUUCGGUGUUUAGGUGGUUGGGGUUGGGAGGGAUGCCGGGCGAGGGAAGGGGGGAUUGGUGGAGGUUGGAUGGGGAGUAUUUACCUAGUUUGUGGAAGGGGGAACGGUGGUGGCAGAGUGGUAUAAGGAUUUGA